CUUUUCCUUCUCUUUAUCACAGAAUUACCUUGUCCAUCUUCUCCUCCUCUUCAUCCACUGACUAUACAGCUCUCCUCCAGCAUGGCAGCUCUGUGGCUCCAGUCUUUCUCUCUGCUGGUCUUACUGAUCGUAUCGUGGCCAGGCUCCCAGGCCGCCAUUGCCCCACAACAUCUGUGCGGCUCUCACCUGGUUGACGCUCUCUACAUGGUCUGUGGACCCAGAGGCUUCUUCUACAACCCAAAGAGAGAUGUCGACCCUCUGCUGGGUUUCCUUCCUCCAAAGGCAGGCGGUGCAGUAGCGGCGGGUGGUGAAAACGAGGUGGCCGAGUUCGCCUUCAAGGACCAGAUGGAGAUGAUGGUGAAGCGAGGCAUCGUGGAGCAGUGCUGCCACAGGCCCUGCAACAUCUUCGAGCUGGAGAACUACUGCAAUUGAGCGGUGCUCAGCUUAGUAUAGCUUAGCUUCUUGGCUAACUCAGCCUGACCCAACACCCACCCACCCUCACCUUUGCAUCAGGAGAGCUGUCCUCUCUUUGAAAAACCAUCUGCUGUCAAAUGAAGUGCUGAGAAAUGGAUAAAAUUAUUUUUCCUAGAAAAUAAAGUUUUGUGAAUUGAGAGAA